AUGGCUGGUUUUGGAGAUUAUACUGGAUAUAAUCGACCUUUCGGUUUGGAUCCAAACAGGGAAACGAACGACUUGUAUGAUACCCGGUAUCAACAGAUAUAUGGUUACCACACUCCUGUAACAGAGGAAUAUCAAGGCCCACCACUGGUUAUGGAUGAUAUUCCUGAAGAAGAAAGUAACACCUUUGUUACUACCUCAAUCAGUGUAGCAAGUCUUAUUACAGAGAAUUUGUUGAGUCAUCCAUUCAUAGUCCUAAGACGGCAGUGCCAGGUGAACCGAAGUCUUAAGAACUACCACAUAGUUCCAUACACGUUACUGCCAGUUGUUGUGAAAUUGCACAGAAGGCAAGAAUUAACAACACUGUGGAAAGGGAUUGGGUCUACUUGUAUUGUGAGAGGUCUCAACUUGGCUGUGGAAGAUUUAAUAUCAAAGGGUACUGGUUGGCCCAAAGAAAUUGGGAAGUGUAACUCCGUUUUGCAAUUUCUUCAACACAUAACUUUAAAAUGCAUUAGCCUAGCCAUAAUAACCCCAUUUUAUUCUGCAAGUUUGGUAGAGACAGUUCAAAGCGAUAUUGCUAGUGACAAACCAGCUUUGCUAGAUGUGUUUCGGGAAGGAUUUGUGCGAAUUCUUGAAUGGGGGACACCAAGCAAAGGAAGAAUGCUGCCAAUUUGGGCCAUUGUUUUGCCAACGGCUGGUUUAGGAAUAUCAAAGUAUCUAGCACAUUUAUUGCUAAGAAAAAUUUCAAUUAAAGCACUACGGUUCCAGCAAAGACACCGUCAUGAAUUAAGUGAUUCAUACAACUCAAACUACCCAAAGAACACACAAAAUCCCUUAAUAGAAGAUAUUAAUUUAAAAGCAAACAUUUUUUCUUUUAUUACAAUGGAAAUUCUCUUCUAUCCCAUAGAAACAAUCGUACACAGACUUCAUAUACAAGGCACUAGAACAAUCAUAGACAACUUAGAUACAGGUACUUCAGUGACACCCAUACUUACCGGAUACGAGGGAUUUAUGGACUGCUACAACACAACCAUUGCAAAAGAAGGUGUGUCAGGUUUAUACAAAGGCUUUGGUGCAUUGGUUUUGCAAUUAGCUGCACAUUUGGCCAUAAUAAAAUUAACUACAAUAGUGGUGUCUGAGGUUUCUAAUCUCUUAAAGCCAGCAAAUACUCCAACCAACUCUGAAGGAUCAGUUCAUUCUCAACAAAAAUAUCUAUUUAAUUAG